AAAAAGCGUUCAUUGUGCUUUUGGUUUGGAUUUCCACUUUAAGCCGCUUAUGUCGCCGGCGCAGUGUUCGCUCCGACCGUCAGGGGGCGCGUCACCGAGUCUCUGCUCAAAAACACUCCCUGAAUCCCACAUUGUGAAGAGGGAGCCACUUUCACCAAGUGUGGACGCUGACCAAGUUUGAUCGCCCCGAUGAUCGCCGCGCGUGAGCUCGCGUGACCUCCCGCUCACCGCCGAGUCCGAAGCCCGAAGCCCGAAGCCCGAAGCCCGGACGCUCCUGUCCUCGGGGUCGGGGGUUGGGACGACCCAACAUCUCCGUCCGCACGGGAAGCGAGGAGUGGGGGAGAGAGAGAGAGAGGGGGCACGAGCGGAAGAGACGCAGAAAUCACAAACAAGCGAAGCUGUAGAAACGCGCGAGGCUGUUUUCUGCGUGCGUCAAGGCGCGAAACAAAGUAGCGUUCCGCGGAGAAUGUAGAGUGCUGUUGUUCCCCUCCUUCCUUUUCCACGCUUCCGCCGCCGUGGAGCGAUGUGGAGGUCGCGUCGUGGAGGUCCACGGAUCCGGGCGCCGUAGGACGAUCGGAGCGGACGCGGCGUCGUUCCCUCGGUUUCUUCGCUCCACAUGAAUUUCUCGCCUGUGACGUGUAACUUGUGAGGAAACGUUAGAUGCAAAUGCAGCGCGCGACUCCGCGCUCCGGUUCCACAACUGCACGGGUCUGAGCCGCUUCCCCUCAUUGUGUAGUCGGCGGCGCUGCUCGCUUCACUGAAAUGUGAAACACCGGAGAAGUCGCCGCGCAUCCAGCUGUUUUAUCCGUCAACGCCGCCUCGCGCAAUUUGGAUUUAAAAAGCGGAGAAAACUUUUUGAGAAUGAAGAGGAGAAAGAUCCGGCAGCACGCCUGAUUUCUGGUUCCACUCGCCGAACUGGAUCUGUCGAAGCGGGCCAUUUCAGCCUUCACCAUUUCCAUGUUUUGGAGCGAGCGGAGCAGCCGCGCGUCGGAGCGGGCGUAAAGUGCCAUGACCCGCCGUAGCUGCCGCUUCUGAGCCGCGACACCGCCCGAUCGUGAGGGACAGAGACGGACCGAGGCGUCCGGCGCCGAACCGCCCGACCGUAGCCUGCUGGUGCGCCGAAGCCCCGCGUUCAGCCCAGCUGUGGGUCGCUGAGUCCGAGGAGCGCCUCCGGAGCCGACAUGGAGGAGUGGAGACAGUGCGGGCGGUGGCUGAUCGACUGCAAGGUCCUGCCCCAGAACCACCGGGUCGUGUGGCCCUCGGCGGCCGUGUUCGACCUGGCGCAGGCCCUGCGGGACGGCGUGCUGCUGUGCCAGAUGUUGCACAACCUCUCGCCCGGGUCCGUGGACCUGAAGGAGAUCAACUUCAGACCUCAGAUGUCACAGUUCCUGUGUUUGAAGAACAUCCGGACAUUCCUCAAGGUGUGCCACGACAAGUUCGGCCUGCGCAACAGUGAGCUGUUCGACCCCUUCGACCUCUUCGAUGUCAGGGACUUUGGGAAGGUGAUCUCGGCUCUGUCCAGAAUCUCCCACCACAGCAUCGCCCAAAUCAAAGGCAUCAGGCCCUUUCCUUCGGAGGACACCGCUCUGAACGAGGACGAUGUCUACCGGAGUCUGGAGGAACUGGCAGAUGAGCACGACUUGGGUGAGGAUGACAUUUAUGACUGCGUGCCGUGUGAGGACGAUGGCGAUGACAUCUAUGAGGACAUCAUUAAGGUGGAAGUACGACAACCCAUGAUCAGAUACAUGCAGAAAAUGGGUAUGACUGAAGAUGACAAGAGAAAUUGCUGCUUAGUGGAGAUUCAGGAGACGGAAGCAAAGUACUACAAAACUUUGGAGGACAUUGAGAAGAAUUACAUGAUCCCACUGAAGCAAGUGUUGAGUCAGCAAGAAAUGGAGGCCAUCUUUGUGAACCUGGAGGACGUCAUCAAAGUCCACUUCGCUCUCCUGCGAGCCAUCGACCUGAACAUGGUGAGUGGAGGAAGCGGCUUGGGGAAGAUCUUCCUGGACUUCAAAGAAAGGUUGCUGAUUUACGGGCAGUACUGCAGCCACAUGGAGAACGCCCAGAAGACACUGGAUGAGCUAAUAGCAAUGCGAGAGGAUGUCAAGAUAAAAGUGGAGGAAUGCACCAUGAAGGUGCAGGAGGGGAAGUUCAAGCUGCAGGAUCUGCUGGUGGUUCCAAUGCAGAGGGUGCUGAAGUAUCACCUACUACUGAAGGAGCUUUUAAGUCACUCGACUGACCGACCGGAGAGACAGCAGCUCAAAGAGGCACUGGAGGCUAUGCAGGACUUGGCCAUGUACAUUAACGAAGUCAAGAGGGACAACGAGACGCUGAAGAAGAUCAGCGAAUUCCAAAGUUCUAUAGAGAACCUUCAGCAGGUGAAGCUGGAGGAGUACGGUCGGCCCAAGAUAGACGGCGAGCUGAAGGUCUGCUCCAUCGUCAACAGAACCAAACAGGACCGGUACAUCUUCCUCUUUGAUAAAGUCGUCAUUGUCUGCAAGAGGAAAGGCUACAGCUACGAGCUCAAAGAGAUCAUUGAGCUGCAGUCGUAUAAAAUGUCGGACGACCCCAUGAACAACAGAGACAUGAAGAAGUCGAGUGGGAAAAUGUGGUCGUACGGCUUCUACCUGAUCCAUCUGCAGGGGAAGCAGGGCUUCCAGUUCUUCUGUAAAACGGAGGAGACCAAGAGGAAGUGGAUGGAGCAGUUCGACAUGGCCAUGUCCAACAUCAAACCGGACCGGGCCACCGCCAACCAGCACAACUUCCAGAUGCACACGUUCGAUAAAAACACCAACUGUCGCGCCUGCAAGAUGCUCUUGAGGGGCAUCUUCUACCAGGGCUACUACUGCUCUCGCUGUGGAACCGGAGCACACAAGGAGUGUCUGGAAGUGAUCACCAUCUGUAAAAUCAAUCCUCAUGACCUGGAACCGGGGAUGUCCUCAGGUCCAAAGAUGGUGGCAGUGAGGAACUACCACGGCACGCCGUCACCUUCAGGGAAGACGCCGCUGUGUUUUCAGACGGGGGACUUCAUCGAGCUGCUGAAGGGCGAUCCAGACACCACGUGGUGGGAGGGGAAGCUGAUCCAAAGCCAGAAGACCGGCUUCUUCCCCAGCUCCUGUGUCAAGCCUUGUUUGGACCCGAAGCCGUUCCAGUCGUUUUCCAGCAGGCAGUGCUCCAGGGAAGCAGACUACUAUGGAUACCCAUGGUUUGCGGGGAACAUGGAGCGCCAGCAGGCUGACAACCUCCUGAAAUCCCACAGCAGCGGGACCUAUCUCAUCAGAGAGAGGACGGCGGAGGCCGAGCGCUUCGCCAUCAGCAUCAAAUUUAACGAUGAAGUAAAACACAUCAAAGUCGUAGAAAAGGACAGCUGGAUCCACAUAACGGAGGCCAAGAAGUUUGAAAGCCUGUUGGAGCUGGUGGAGUACUACCAGAGCCACUCCCUGAAGGAGAGCUUCAAGCUGCUGGACACCACGCUGAGAUACCCCUACAAGGCCAGGGAGCGCUCCCUGCCACGGAGCAGCACGCGCUCACCAGCAGCCACCUGCGCCUCCUACAACUUCUCCUUCCUGAGUCCGCAGGGCCUCAACUUCUCCUCUUCUCAAAGCUCAGCUCCCUUUUGGUCAGUAUUUACUCCGCGGGUGGUCAGCACGGCGGUCGCCAGGUACAACUUCGCUGCUCGGGACAUGAGAGAGCUGUCGCUGCGAGAAGGCGACAUCGUGAAGAUCUACAGCAAGAUCGGUGGAGACCAGGGCUGGUGGAAGGGAGAGGCCAACGGACGGAUCGGAUGGUUUCCCUCCACCUACGUGGAUGAGGAGGGCGUGCAGUAAAACUGGAUGCCGCGGCCUGGCUCCCUUCAAAUCAGGAACCGUCCUAUGCUGUUCUCAGAGAAAAGUCACCCAUUUCUCUCCAGGAGAAUGAAAAACGAGCUCCUCUUCUGUCGUGGGUUUUGCUGGAUGCUCGUUUUCCAGCCCGUUCCUCUAUCUUCAAUUAUGCAUCGGCUUUGCUUUUGUUUGGAUGUUUUCUUUUCAGGGUGUCCGCUUUAAUUUCUGUUCAGGAAAGAAGCCUGGAUUCGCUGUCCGCCGGCGUCCACGUGCUCUGCAGAGAUUUCUAUUGAACUGAGGACAAAAAAAACUGGAUACUUUUAUGUUCCGGCUCUGAUGUUUAUGCGAGGUGAAAUAAUUGUACAGUAUAGAUAAUUUAUUGAAUAGAGAUUAUUAUCAUUACUAAUAAUUACUGCGGGGAAGUGAAAGCAAAGAAAAGCUAAGAACCCGCCGUGUGUUACUGUUGAGGGAUUUUGCCUUAGUCGUCAUGGCGAUGCCUUGAGGUUUGACACCAGUGGAGGGAGUGGACUGUGUUGACUGGUUGGACUGGUCCAUGUAUGCAUGUGCGCGUGUGCGGCCCACAGACACAGACCCACGCAGGGUGCGGUGCCUUGAAGCUACUGGACCUCAGCACCAGUGCAGAACCCGGCUCGCUCCCUUUUGGAGCCAUGAACGUGGCGAUGCAUUCAAGUCAUGGACGGAGGACGCUCUCAGCAGAAACCAGGAGGAUCCGCGUUGUUUUUAAAAGACACCAGUGGAACAAACUGGGGACGCUUCACUUCAGCCCCGGCGUCUGGAUCCAAAGGGAACCGCGGAGGCUUUUGUAGCAACAACACACUGUACACAGUUCACUCAGCUUCAAUGUUUCACAUUUGCAAAAGGGAACAAGAACAUGUUCAUAUCUCUGCAUUCAUCGUUUCACUGUUGGAUUUUUUUAAUUGCACAGAAGGUUUUUCUGUUAAAACUGGACCAAGGUUGUUUCUCAUCAUUUCGCGUCUGCUUGGAGUCUGACUGUACUUGUGCAUUGCCUUAGUAUCAUCGUUUUUUUACAGAUAAUCAGGUGACUCGUGUCCUUCCCCUCACUGUUAAUCGGUUUACAGAACAUGAGUGAGACAGGUUGGUGCCAUGCAGAUUCAGAAGAAUUUAAAUGUGAAUGAGAAUGAUGUGGUGAUUAAAGCAUAAAACAGGA